GUAGGGUAUGAUAAACGUCAUGGUGGAGUCUUCAAUUACUUUGGUGAAUUCUUGGAGUGAAAAGAUUGAGAAGGAAGGAGGAGUUGCUGAAAUUAAGAUUGACAGCCACAUGAGGAGCUUUUCUGGGGAUGUGAUCUCCAAGGCAUGCUUUGGGAGCAACUAUGCCAAGGGACAAGAGAUUUUCUUGAAGCUUAGAGCUCUCCAAGAAUUAAUCUCCAAGAUAGCCUUCACCUCUACAAUCCCUGGAUUUAGAUACUUGCCAACCAAGAGCAACAGGGAAAUAUGGAAGCUGGAGAGAGAGGUUCAGUCCUUAAUCCUGAAGGUAGUGAAGGAACGAAAGGAAGCAACCUCAGAGAAGGACCUGCUUCAGAUGAUACUCGAAGGCACUAAAAACAGUGGCGAGCCGGGACGCGGAGAUGUGAUGGACCAUUUUGUAGUGGACAACUGCAAGAACAUCUACUUGGCUGGCUACGAGACAACUGCUGUCGCGGCCUCGUGGACGUUGAUGUUACUGGCCUUGAAUCCGGGAUGGCAAGCCAAAGUACGCGAGGAGGUCAUGCAACUGUUGCGUGGUGGCCAAUAUCCCGAUGCUGACAUGAUUCGGAAGAUGAAAACGUUGACGAUGGUAAUCAAUGAGUCGCUACGUCUCUACCCACCUGUGGCCGUUGUCUCAAGAGAGGCACUUGAAGACAUGAAGCUUGGGAACAUCCAAGUCCCAAAAGGUGUCAACGUUUGGACCCUCACGGCGACCCUCCACCAAGACCCCAAUAUCUGGGGACCGGACGCGGAUCGGUUUGACCCGGAGCGUUUCGCAAAUGGAGUCACCGGAGCGUGCAAGCUCCAGUACGCGUACAUGCCCUUCGGGGUCGGGCCUCGCACGUGUCUAGGGCAGAACUUUGCGAUGGCCGAGCUGAAAGUCCUCCUGGCCCUCAUAAUUUCCAACUUCUCCUUCUCAAUCUCGCCCAAGUAUAGACACUCCCCAGCUCUGAGGUUGGUCAUAGAGCCUGAAUUCGGAGUGGAUCUUCUUGUAAGGAGACUCUGACCUUCAAAGAAGAUGUUGUUCUACAUUUACAUUUUUAUAAGUGUUCUACUUGCCCUUUCUUGAUCUUUGAUUACUAGUUUUU